AUGGGUGGCAUAGAAGCGCCACUUCCGACAGAUGUGUUGCUUCCAGGGCUAUUUAUCUCAGAAUUGUUUGUUUCCCGAUCGUCUGGUCACUGUCCCUUUUGUAUAUUUAUACAUAUGGAUCAAUCAAUUAAACUGAAUCACUGUUGUUCUCCCUCAUCGAUGCAAAACAAGCUAAUCAAUGGAGUUCAAAUGAAAGCAAAUCGUAUAGUAGAUUGUGAUUAUUGUCAUUUACCUUGUAUCAUUCAAAAACAUGAUAAAUCUCUAGACAUCGCUUCACUAAAUUCUACCAAAGAACCAUGUUCAAUAAGAAAUUCAAUUUAUGUACCUGAAAAUCGACAAACUAUUAUGGGAUCAUUUUGUCGACAAAUAACCUCGUCCAUUAUUCCUCAUUCAGACCCGAUUUUAACUUAUUGUAAACCAACAGAUUUAAAUUUGACUUCAAAUAAUAAUUAUAUUGCAUCAAUGCCAUCGAUGUUUCAACCGUUACCUUUUUUACUACAAUCGACUUCGUCUUCAGUGAUACCAGUUUCAUCGUCAUCAACCUUAUCGUCCAGUUUAUCAUCUUUUCAUAGUCCGUAUAAUUUAUCAUCGUCUGUUUAUCCAUCCGUACCAUUUUCUAACCAUCUAUGUCCUUCAUACUGUUCUUUCUCAUCUCAUAGUUUAAAACCUAUUCCAAGCGUUAAACCUUAUUUAUCCUCUAAUCAUACAUAUUUAGAGUCAUCUAGGAUUAUACUGGAUAAUGUCAAUAGUAAAUCAUUUAAUCAAACGACAACAUUCAAUGCCCCCAGUACGACAAUAACAACUGCGACUAUGAGUGCCGCUGCUAUAAUUACAAAUACAACAGAAGAUUGUGCUUAUCAUCAAUCCGAGCAAUUAAAUUCAACUAUAUUACAUCAUGCAUCCAGUGAUAGUUUAUCUAAUCAAGACAGUAAAUCCUCUUUCUUAUAUCCACCUGUUUUCAAUUUCUCCUCUUCUAAAAUUUCUGCCAUCGUUGAAAAUAUUAGUGAUAAUAAUAACUCCUUAACUAAUUCAGUUGCUGAUCAAUUCCCAACAUCUAGUUCAAAUAUUCCUCAAACUUGCUUAAUUCCAUCAUCAACAUCAUUGGCUUGCAUAAAUGUAUCUCAAUUAACACAAACCUCUACUGUAUCUCCAACUCAACUGCUUAGUAAUAAUACCAACGAUAAUCUAUCGAAUAACUUCGAAAAUGGUAUGCUGAUUACUAACAGUAAUAGUAAUAGCAGCGGUAGUAGUAGUAGUAGUAGUAGUAGUAGUAGUAGUACCAUUACUACUAGUUGCAUCAGUACUAUCAAUGAUGAUUUGAAUAUUGACAAAAAAUCGCCUAGUCUUAAUAUUAACAAUUCAUCUGAGUCAAAUACUUCGGAAAGCACAAAUGCUGACGAAAAACGCAACGGUCUUCCACGUUUCAAUUUACGCUAUACUAAUGUACUUCAUUAUCCAAAAUAUUCCAGUCGUAAAAAUUCAGGCUUUGAAAGACGUCUUAAACAUACUGGACUAAUUUUAGAUGCAAAGUUAACUUUACGUUUAUUAAGAAAAUUCUUACAACCAUUCGUUAAUCGUGACUUUGAUCAGCUUAUGAAAAAGUAUAUGGAUGAUUUCAUUCUACUGGCUGUGAAUAAUAUUCGUGAUGUAUUAGGUGAACAAUCUGUGUCUGAAAGUGAUUUGACUAAAUUUCGUCAAAGUUUAAUCCAUCGGGCCGUCAUACGUUAUUUCCCUGAACGUCCUCAGAGGGAUUUUAUCAAUCACCAGGGAACUAGAAGUAAUCCUUCCCCAAAAACUGGGGAUAACAAACCCGAAAAGCAAAGUAUUCAGAAAUCAGAUUUGAUUAUGCAGUCAAAAAUAAAUUCAUUUAGUGCUUUUCCUUCGAAAUGGGCAGAUUCGAAACUACAUUCACGUAUUCCAACUCCUGAUUCAUUAGAGUCAUCCAUGUCUUUUAAUAACUCUCCUCAACUUUCACCGAUACCUAACUCAGAUCCGAUCAGUUUCGAUAAAUCUUUUUUAUCUACUAAUGGUAUUCCAAAUCCAACUGUUGACAAAACCUUUCAAACUGUAUAUUCACCUCUACACAAUCCAGUGGCCGGAGAUAAUGAAUCACAUUAUAGUUUAAGAAAUAUCUCUAAUAAUUCAUCACUUAGAAAUGUACGUAAAAGAUUGCAUCCAUCCAAUCGUUUAAAAAUUUCCCCGAUUUCUUAUGAUACAUCAACGUCUGACAAUAGUAAUAAUCUUUUAAUUAAUACUGAAUCAUUCACCGCCGCAGACUGUGAUAUUAAUAACUUACAAGAAAAAUGUACCAGUUUACCAUUGUCUUCUCAUUCACCGUCAUCAGCUUCAUCAAGUUCUACGGUUGGAUUUUUCCGUGAUCCAUUUAGUUCAGAUAGUGAAGGGACAUUAAUUGACUCAUCAAAUAUCAAGUUAUCGGGACAAAGUAAUAAUACACAGAUCAAUAGAUCAUCAACUUAUGGAUUUCAUUAUUCACCUGGUUUAUCAUCAACUAUAAAAAAUAAUUCCAAUGUUCCAAUUCAUAGACUAAAAUCAAAAUCAUCAAGAGGCCGUAAAACUCCAUGGUGGGAUAGAACUCGCGGAAAAAAAUCCAAAUCCAAAGUUACUAAUAUUAGUAGCAACACUCAAUACGAUAAACAUAAUGAAAAUUUAACAGAUGAGAAGAAUUCACUAGUUGAAAAUGAUUAUCGACAAUUUAUCAACACACUGUCCAAUCAGUCCGUUACUUCAUCUGUAAUUCAUGCUAGCAACAAUAUCACUAAUGAUCUCCUGCAUAAUUCUAAUCAAAACAUCCACAAUAAUCAUAGUAAUGCACGUAAAAACACGUCUUCACGUCUAUCUAGAAAAAAGCGCACUGCAAUAAAAAGCACUGUGAAUAAUUUUACCACCAAAAAUAGCAAUGUAACAAAGUUCACAUUUGAUCAAAAUACGCAUUUCGCGCUGGGCUCAUCAGCAAAUACAUGGCUUGGUAUGGGUACUGCACGUGGUCGUAUUUACAGUAAACAUCCAGAAUUAUUUCGUUAUAUUUGUGAUAAUGAAGAUAAAGCAUGGCUUGUUCAAACUGGUCUCAUUAUUAGUCAUGGCGUCAAAGCAUAUUUAGUUCAUGCUGAACAAGUACAUCAAAUUGCUACACAACAAAUUAAUUCACAUUCAUCAAAAGCUGAUAUAGAAAAACUAAAAACCUUUAAACUACCUUAUUGGUUUCUACAAAAAGUUAAAACUGUCGCAUCACGUCAUUCAUUUUUCGUUCAUGUUAUAUCAACUGAAGAAGAGUUCACGAAGAACGAAAUAGAAAAAAAUAAACAGAAUAAUUCUUCAUCAGUUGAUGGACCAUUUCCUUCUUUUAUACAAUCGUCAUCUUCGUCUAUAUCCCGACCAAAUAUUAGUCAAUCCAAAUCGAACAAUUCAAUCUCUUUGUCGAAUCCAAUGGAAAUCAAUCAUUGUACUAGUCAUAAUAUUAUUACUAAUGUACCAUCAUCUAGAAAAAUCCUAAAUUCCCCAGUUAUAGUACCCUCAUCAUCACCAUCGUCAUUGUCGUUGGCUUCUUCUUCAUCUGUCACAUCUAAAUAUUCUUUGGCUGCAUCAUCAUCGGUGCAGGAGUAUCAUGACACGGACAAUAAUCAAAACAGUAAUAAUAAUAAUAAUAAUAAUAAUAAUAAUAAUAAUAAUAAUAAUAAUAAUAAUGUUCUAUUAAACCGUAAUUACACCAAGUCAAAUUGGAAAUCAACCAAUUCUUACUCAAAAACUAUGUCUAUCGACAACACUGAUCAGAAUAAUAAUAAUUUAGUAAAUACAAUUCAGUCACUUCCUAGUCCCAACCCACCAACAUUGGAACGUUUUGAUUAUACUACUAAUAGAUAA